AUGGACACGGGUAGCCACCAGAACUGGAGCUGGAAGCGCUGGGGGCGUAAUACGUAUGUAUCGCGUGCAGGUUCACUGGAACAACUGGCGCUGCGCCUGCUGGCGUCGCGGUCUCUACGGGCUGCGGGCGGGGCGGGGGGCGGGGCGGCAGGGGGCGUGGCCCGCGAGGUGAGUUCGGCGCCCGCCUCCCCGCGGCCCCGCCCCGCGCGCGAGCACGGCGCCACGCCCGCGCCCGCGCCGCACACGCCGCAACACACUCCACCACGCAGACAUCGGUACUCCUCCGCAUCUCCUAUCAGACAACUUUUGAACUCUCCGCUUUUGAAUCGAAGAAGAAACAAGAAACCGUCCGAAAGUUCCGACGACGAGUACUCAACGGGCGGUGGCUACAGCGAGGUCAAUGGCAAGAACUAUAGAGAUCUGGAGAGUUUCCAGAAGGCACAACUUAGGAAUAAGUUGAAGCGCGCGGGUGGCGUGAUGUCGGGCAGUAGUUCGACGAGCGACAGCCGCAACAACAGCGCGCGGCGCCAGCUCGUGAUGCACAACAAGGCGCCCAUGUGGAACGAGAACAGCCAGGUCUACCAGCUCGACUUCGGGGGCCGCGUCACACAGGAGUCCGCCAAGAACUUUCAAAUAGAAUAUCAUGGCAAACAGGUGAUGCAGUUCGGCCGUAUCGAUGGAAACGCGUACACACUGGACUUCCAGUACCCAUUCUCAGCGCUUCAAGCCUUCGCGGUGGCUCUCGCCAACGUCACUCAACGUCUGAAGUAA